AUGACAAGCACCCAUGUAGUCUUAUUGGUGAUAUUUCUGCUGUGCCCAGAUAGGUGUAGUCCAUGGCCAUGCACUGAGGAGCGACUGGUUUAUUCAAACAUCUCCUUCCGUUCAAAUGUGAUGGUAUCUGGUGCUGAUCUCUCAUACAAAUAUGAUGACCCUAUUCUAAUACAGCACCCAUGUGAGGCAUAUUACCAUGGAGGACAUACUCCUCCAGCCAUAUACCUUGGGAAUAAGGUUUUCUUCAGCAAAGAUGGAUUUCAGAGUAGUCUUUUACCAUUGACCAUCCCAAAUAAAAUGGUGACUGCACCAGCUGAAGUCACUAGUGCUGUCUUUGUGCAAGACAAUCGAAUGCUUCUAGUAGUAAAUGAACAAGUCUAUGUGUAUUUCUAUGGCACAUGGAAAACCUGGAUAAUGUCAGAGGGACUUGAUACUCCCGUUACAGACAUCACAAACAUAGAUUGCUGUUAUUCUAGAAAGGACCGCACCUGUUGGGAAGUCAGUCGUACUAUUAUAGCUUAUAAACCUGGGGAUCCUGCUGAUGUCACUGAUGUUUACUUUUCAAAAAAUGGGGGCUACUCAUUUGGCAGAAUCACCAUUGCGCCAAGUUCCAACAAACUGGUUAGUAUCUACAACUUUGUCUCUUUGUCACAACUUGCAGUUCUCCUCAACAUGACAAGAAGUUAUGGGAAAUCUGCUUAUUUCACAUAUGGAGGUGCAGCCUAUAUGGAAAACCGUGAAGGCUCAAAAUUCUGCCUGGAACCCUGCACAAAUGAAACUGUUGGCAGUUUAAUUCCCCCAGGUCUGAGAGGUUUUAUUGUCCUUUGGACAAAAGACACUUUCCUGUUCUCUUUCAACAAUGGCCUGACUAUAGACAGCAUAACAGUGCAGCCCACUGAAAAAUAUAGUAAUAAAUCAUUGCCUUUGCAUGGCAAUGGUCUUUGUAAUGUAGCUGCCAACAAAAAUGAGAUUGCAGCCCUCACCAAGAACCUGAAACUUUUUUAUGGAAUGCUGGACAUGGAAUUCACAAAGAUGGUACACAUUGGGGAAAGAGAUAGCGGCAAUACUUGCGAGGUGAUGAUGUUUGAGAAGGUUGGGGUGCUUGUAAUCAUUAAACCUGUUCCCAGCAAAGAUUCUGCAUAUUAUCAUUUUCAGAAAUGCAUCAUUAAUAUACAGGACACACUCAUGAGUUUGCGGCCACCACUGGAGCCCUGUCCUGUAGAAAUCCUCAGUGGCAAUUUCCAUAACAAAAUGUAUUAUAUUGAUAUGAAGCAGGAACUUCAUUUUAAUGUCACAUUUGUGCCCAAACCGGGCACUGGGACCUAUCCAUAUGUAACAGUGAGCAAUCCUCAUGUGCUGGCAUUUCAGGCAGACCUUAAAGAAGAUGGUUAUACUUUUAACGGAAACGCUAAAUACAGGUUAGAUAUUAGGCUGCUUCAACAGAUAUUCUCAGGCAUGGCUCAUUCCCAGUUUCAGGAUGACAUGUACUCAGGCAGGCUGUCCACCAUCACUGUUGAUAUCUAUAACAAAGGCAUAUUCUGUAUUGACAUGCAUCCGCUAACAGCCCUUAUUGCUGUGGACUGCCCACCUAAGAAAGAGAUCAGAAUUGCUAAGAGUACAACAGCAUGCAGCAGAGGCCUCUUUAAGGAUGUCAUGCUGCAGAGUAAUUACACUUAUUCAAUUAAUUGGGAUUUAUAUGACCCAAUGUUCCUUGGCAGAAAGAGUUUGGUACAGGGUAAGCUUAAUGUUACCUAUAAUUAUAACCACUGGGGAUGCCCUCUUCUGUUAUAUUAUGACAGCCCAUGGCUUCCAGUUCUUGAACUAUGGGACAAUGAUGAAUUUGUGGAAUAUGUUUCUGCGGAUUUUGUACUGUUUGAAAUAAAUGGAAUGCAUAAUUAUGAUUAUCUCCUGGAUGAAGUAGAGGCCAACUGUAUGUCACAAGCUCAGAACUGGACGACUCUAAUAGAAAAGGAUCCUGAAGGAAACCCACAUUUUGCAUGGUCCAGAUAUCUUUAUGAAAGUUGCAAGGAGCCCAGAGGAAAUGACUCUUUGCCAUCAGCUUCCUCAAAAUAUCAAGUUCUAAACAGGAAUGAAAACAACAGAGUAUUAUUUCCACAAUACAAUGGCAUAUAUGUCUUCAAAGCCAUUGUUGUAGACACGGUAUAUAGUUACUGUGAACUAUCAACAGUUUUCAGUGUGUAUGUACAUGGUGCCCUCCCAAAGUCCGAGAUCAAUGUUGGUAAAACACUGGUUAGUUUUCUGGUUCUCAUAUUUGGCUCAGUUUUGAUGGUAUACUACUUUCCUAAAUUAAUGAAGGAAAAUGCAAGAAUGAAAACAGUUUGGACAUAA